UUUUCUGUUUUCUGGUUCUUUCUGAUCUUCCUGCUCGUUUCUGAACUUCCGGUUUGAUGUGUGAACUCGGAGCUUCAGAGCCGUUCAGAGCCGCCGGACUCGGUAACCGAUCCCGCUUUAACGAGCCUGCUGCUGGGCGUGGCGCCGCGGGAGGAACGCGUCCCUCAUUACGGACACAAGACAACAGACGGACCGGUACCGGAACCGAGCAGCUGCAGCUGAGUGUGGGUUUCUCAGCAGCAGCAGCAGCGCCGGCCCUUUUUUCCGCUCUGACUCGUCGCUGGGCUUCCUGUGCCUCCGCCAGUCGCUCUGCACUCCAACAUGGCCAUCAGCAGAAAAGACAGCUUCCUCUGGGGCAAAGCGCCACCAAGGCUCCGACUGGCUGAGAGGAGGCAGAGCGACCGCAGCGGCCAACCUGAGCUGCUGGACGACCUGCAGAAGCUGAAACUGGAGCUGAAUGAUGCAGCGACCGGAUCCAGCAACCCGGACCUGAAGCGCCACAGUAAAAGUGUCGUGAGGAACAGGAAGUUUCUACGAGGGAAAAAGAAAUUCAACAUGGACCCAAAAGUGGGCGUCCGCUACCUGGUGGAACAUGGCAUCCUGGAGUGGCGAGCCGAGCCGGUGGCGGAGUUCCUCUACAAGGAGGAGGGGCUUAACAAGACCGCCAUCGGCAACUUCCUGGGAGAACGGGAGGAAAUGCACCUGAAGGUCCUGAAGGCGUUCGUGGCUCUGCACGAGUUCUCCGACCUGAAUCUGGUCCAGGCGCUGAGGCAGUUUCUGUGGAGCUUCCGGCUCCCAGGUGAAGCCCAGAAGAUCGACCGGAUGAUGGAGGCGUUCGCGGCGCGUUACUGCGACUGUAACCCCGGAGUGUUCCAGUCCACAGACACCUGCUACAUCCUGUCGUUUGCCAUCAUCAUGCUCAACACCAGUCUGCACAACCCCAACGUGAAAGACAAGCCCAACCUGCAGCGCUUCGUCUGCAUGAACCGAGGAAUCAACAACGGCGCCGACCUUCCCGUCGACCUGCUCACGAAACUUUACGCCAGCAUCCGCAGCGAACCCUUCAAGAUCCCCGAGGACGACGGCAACGACCUUACUCUGACCUUCUUCAACCCGGACCGCGAGGGCUGGCUGCUGAAGAUGGGCGGCCGAGUCAAGACGUGGAAACGCCGCUGGUUCAUCCUGACCGAGAGCUGCCUCUACUACUUCCAGUACACAACGGAUAAAGACCCGAUCGGGAUCAUCCCUCUGGAGAAUCUCUGUGUCAGAAAGCUGCAGGAUUCCAGCAAACCGUUCUGUCUGGAGCUGUACAGCCCCAAAGGUCAGAAGGUCAAAGCCUGUAAGACGGAGAACAAAGGCCGAGUGGUGGAGGGGAAACACCAGUUCUACCGGCUGAACGCCGCCAGUGAGGAGGAGAGAGAAGACUGGAUCAGCGCCAUCAGGGCGAGCAUCACCAAGGACCCGUUUUACGAUUUGGUGUCGAUGAGGAAGAGGAAGGUGAUCAGGAAUGCUUCGUCAUCGGAGUGAAGCGUCCUGAACGAAGCUUCAUGAACGUUUCACAGAAACAAGCUGAACUGGAGAGACAAAGAGGAACCGGGAAAUGACGAGUCCAAGUCACUUCUGCAAACUGCAGACGGUUCCUGGAAGAAGGCGUUAGCAUCAGCAGCUUUAGCAGCAUCACAUUAAACUGACUUCAUUCCCUCCAUGUGAAGGAAAUGAACUAAAGUUCAUAAAGAAGCUUAAAAAUGAAGCAGAAAGACCAACGGCUGGAAGCUAAAAGAGACGAAACGAAACUGAAGCUGGAAAAGAAGCUAAAGGACAAAAACACAGAAAAGAUGCUGAAUGUUCACUUUAAAAAAGAAAAGUCACCGAGAUGCAAAACAUGGAUGUUCAAUAUUUCCACAAAAAACAGAAAAGUAACAAAAAUAGAUAGAAAAUGAUGCAGUUUAAAAACCAAUGAAAGAACUAAACAGUGAUUACAGAGAAUGAAGCUACAUUUAGAGUCCAGGGGAAAAAGUCUGAACACAGAAACUCCCACAAUAGAAACAAUAAAAUAUUAAACCAGCUGGCUGAUUAUUUAUUCAGUCUGGAGAAACGAUGUAGCAUUUCUUUAUAAGUCUAAUAGAUCUAAAAUCUUCUCAACUUGUUUAAUUUAUGAAUCGCUGAAUAUGUACAGUUUGUUAUAUUUUAUGUUUAAUAUGUAAUUUAAUGAUCACAUAAUCAAACUUGUAGAAUAAAGUUUAUUUUUCCUCAAA